AGGAAGCAUGUCACUGGAGAAGCCCGCACUCCGAACAGCUUUUAUUUUGUUCAAGAAUGUAGGCCUAUCUAAUGCGCCAAACCAUGCUUAUUCUUAAGUUAAUUUUUCGCUUUUGAAAUGUCUCUGAAAACAGUUGUUCUGGAAGAAAGAGUUGACCCCAACAUCAUUGGAAUCGACUACGCGCGUUUGGAGGCUCUCUGCAACAUCCCUGGACUCGAAAGCAAUGAAACGACGGCGAGUGAUGAGGCUCAUAGAGCCUUUAUGAAAUCUUACAAGGAUAUUUUCAUCCGGCCUCCCAAGCCCCUCCCUGGCAUCCCAUGGAUUGAAGAUAAUAAUAAACGUGGUGAGAAGCAGGGCGAGGCGAGUGAGGAGAAGGCGUCGGGCCGUAAGCCCAAGAUGACGGCCAGCGGUGGCGGCAACAGAGUCUUCCACGGGCCCCUCAUCAGCCAGAUGCUCAAAGUGGCCAAGAAGUAUCCUGUUGAGCGGUCGCCGGCGGAGCAUCAGCUGAUGCUGUCGGCGCUGAAGCUGUUCCCGGUCCUAAUGGAGCAGAUUGACCCUCCGGAACUGCGCUACAUCAGCAGAAUGGUCAUGAUAGAGAGCUGGGACCGGGGCCACAUGAUUUUUGGUACGAGUGGCUUUUACAUCGUGGUGAGGGGUUCAGUGAGGCCUUGCAGAAACACACAGUCUGCUGAGCCGGUCAACUUACCAGUGAUCGGAGCAGGAGGAAGCUUCGGCACGUUGGAGGCCUGUGAGGAGUCUGACAGCGAUGCCAACUGCGUUCUCACCCAGGAGCCCUGCGAGAUCCUCAAGAUACCCCACGGCAGCUACGCCAAAGUCCGCAAGGAGCUCCAGGGCCAGGACUUUGCCCUGAAGCAGAACCUGGUGCAGCAGUGUAGCUUCUACCAUGAUUGGCCUAGGCUGUCCGUCCAGAAGGUGGCCAACCUGCUGCAGAUGAAGACUUUCCCCGCUCAUCAUGUUCUGGUGAAGGAGGGCCGGGUAUGUCCAUUCAUCGCCUUCAUCCAUAAGGGAGAGUGCAAUAUCCUGCAGGACAUCGGGACUGUCAUGAAGCUAGCCAAGAGGGGCCGUAUCAACUGUGUGGUUGUUGGGCAGCUGGGUCCCCUGGAGUCGUUUGGGGAGGUGAGCAUCCUGACAGACCAGCCCUCCCCCUGCACUGUGGUCACACAGACCCCUGUACAGGCUGGCAUCAUCGCACCGGACAAGCUAAAAGAGUUGGAUUCAGUCACCAGGUCUCUAAUGCGGCAGAGUGCAAAACCCACGUGUGGAAAGCUCACUGAGGAGGAGAUCAGUAAGCAGUAUGUGCGUCAGGAACGUCAAAAGGAGUGGGAGCAUGUGAAGAAAACAGUGCUGUCAGACAGUCUAUACUACAACGGAAUCCUACCUGGAAUCGGAAAGUGGACGGAAAAUAGAAGCAAGAAGACGCACUAGACUUAAUGGACACUGGGCAAUAUCACACACGCACACACACACGCACACACACACCCACACGCGCGCGCGCACACACACACACACACACACACACACACACACACACACACACACACACACACACACACACACACACACACACACACACACACACACACACACACACACACACACCUUCUUCAUCCUUGUUGCCCUUUUUAUUUAAUUUAUUUUAUUACCCCAUUGGUACAACCAAGGCCUUUCUCUCAUAGUUUCACCCCCCGCCUGUUUCAAUGCGAGCAAUCCAAAUAAAAUCAUCAAUGGAUGGAUGGAUGUCUUGGGUGCACUCAAA